CGAGAAUUUGAGAAGUGAACACGUAUUCAAUUAACUCUUUUGUUGGGAAAACCUGGGGGAGAGAGACAGAACCGAGAGGGGGCAUCGAUCGAUCGAUCGAGAGAGAGAGACAGAGAACUCAUGGUGCUGAAGAAGAACAAAGAAGAGAAAAGGAAGACUUCAAGUUUUGUGCUGAAAAAUUGAAGGAAGAACUCAAGUGAUUCAACAAAUUAAAGUUCUAGGUCAGACCAUCAGAAUGCAUUAUUGGAAUCAAGCCCAUUGUGAGUAACACGAAGGGCAACAUUAGAGUUGCAUUUGAAGAUUCUUAAGAUAGCCUUCUUGGAGUUGUCACUUGGGUGGAGUCUACAUUAUGAAAUUGUGUCUUGUGAAUGGUUGUAUUUAAUUUACUUGUGUGGAGUAAUAAAAGUAAAAUGAAGAAAUACGGUUUGCAACUUAGGGUUCCACCAUCCCAGCAAAAGAAGCAUCCAGCAAGACCUCCCCUCCCACCUCCUCUUGGCUUCCGUGAUGACGAUGAUGAUGACAUUGAGAAAGAGAUUUCUCGCCAGGCCAGCAAGAACAAGGCUCUCAAGGAUAUUGAGGAGCAACAUAAGAAAGCCUUGGAAGAGGACCCAUCUGUGUUUGAUUAUGACGGAGUAUAUGAUGAAAUGAAAGAGAAAGCGGUUCGUCCUUUGGUGCAUGAUCGUCAAGAGAAAAAGCCGAAGUAUAUUCAAGCAUUGAUUGAUAAAGCAAAAAAACGCGAGCGAGAACAAGAGAUAAUAUAUGAGAGAAAACUUGCUAAAGAGAGAAAUAAAGAAGACCACCUCUAUGCAGACAAGGACAAGUUUGUUACUAGUGCUUACAAAAAGAAACUUGCAGAGCAAGCUAAGUGGAUGGAGGAGGAACGUCGGCGUCAACUUCGAGAAGAGAAAGAGGAUGUUACCAAGAAGAAAGACAUGACCGACUUCUACUUCAACCUAUCAAAAAAUGUUGCUUUUGGUGCCCAAGAUGCUGAAACAAGCAAAUCCGAGAAGCAGCAAAAAGAAGAGACUCUUAAUGCAUCUGAAGAAGGACCUCAAUUAACUAAGUUGCCCUUGGAGUCUACCAAACUAAGAGAGGAAUAUCAAGGUGAGGCUUCUAGCCAGCCUGAGGAGAGAUCCGAGUCCUUAGUCGCAAAGCCAGUUCUCGAUGCUUCCACAGAAGCUGUACCUGAACAGCCCUCAACAGAGCAACCAAAAUGCGAUCAUCAUAAGAGAAACGAAGAUGCAGUCGCUGCAGCUAAAGAACGGUUUUUGGCACGGAAGAGGGCAAAGUAACAGUGGUCGCCGGUUUAUUGUCCCAAAAACAGAGGAAGCUACCUUUUACUCUCUAGCAGGUAAUUUUUAAUGCCUUUGGGCCAUUGUAAGAGUCUCUAGUCAUCUAAAACUUAAAAGUCAUGAAAUCAAUUUUUACUUUGUAAAAUGUAGUGUUUUUUCUUAAUACCAGAUUUGUCUUGAUAUACCUUCUGUGCCAAACUGUGUGCUUAAUCUAUAACAACUGCAAACAGGGGGACCCGCCAGAUAUGUAUGAUUUAUGAU